ACGGACAGUUGGUACUGCUCCCUCUUUCAGCAACAGUCUUUUGGCCAGUCCAGUAUUGUACUGACCAAGGUUGUUAAAACAGUCCGACACGAAGUGGUUCGCACACAUGUACAGACUUUUGACGACUCUAGCUGGGACAUUGCCAUCAAAAAUAAAAUGAAUCCACUGUGCUUGUACAUCGUCUGAGGCUGGGAGACUAUGUAGAGAUUUGUGCUGGGCUGUGCAGCCAAGGACAGAACAGUUAGCGUGAUUAAAAAAAAAGCCUGAGGAUUUGCAGUCUCCAUUUCAAAAAGGAAGACUUCGAACUCAAUGUCUUGGGAAUGAAGAAAGUCGCUCUUUUGGAUACCGCAAUUCCGUUGGUGUUGACCUUUCCAGGUGACGAUGAACCACCUGGAACAUCUGGACCUAGCAGCGCUAAACGCAUUCGCUUGGAGGUAAGAGACUCGCUCAACUAUUUCUAAAAACACACAUAUAGUUGUCUGCAGUAAAGCAGGACAUCAAAUAUGAGUUGUAUAUAAGUUGGCUGUUUACAUAGGAAAUCUGCCGUCUUCCGCAUGUUUUUUUCGCUUGUGGUUCUAAUGUGUCGGUGUCACUAAAAUUCCACUCAGUGAAGAGGCAAAUUAGCAAUGUAACGUUAUAAAGACGCUUUAGCUAUGUUCUAUAUACGUUUGCUGGUAUCAAUGUAAAUCCACCUUGUUUCACGUUUGAUAGUUUGAUGUUGUGAAAAUGUUUUUAACGUUAUUUAACAUAUGGCAUUUCAGACUGAAACAGUGUCUGCUGCUGCUUUGGUGUCGUCGUCGUGGGAAGAUGAUGAACAAUGUUUUCUAACCUCAACACCAAUCAAGACACCUACCCCUGUCCAAGCAGCACAGUUUUUACCAUGCCCAAGUACACCUGGAGGCCUCAAUACGAGUGCCAGCAGCAUUGAAGUUGGUGUAACCGACGAAAGCUAUCAGCUUGAGUCAACCAUCACCCCCACAACAUCGUCAUCAUCAGAAGAUGAAGGUGGAAAAGACUGGAGUGAAAAGUUCAUUGUCAAUGAAUCUAGCCUCAUGUCACUAUUUAAAUUCUGCCAGAUGUGCGGGAAACCAAUUUCAUCGAAGCACAUUUUUGAUACUGGGGCACAGAGGAAGGUGAAAUGGACUUGUCUUGGGGGCCAUUCUGGGACUUGGACAUCUUCACCUGAUGUUAGAGGAAUGCCGGAGGUGAAUCUCCUUUCUGCGGCAGCUGUUCUGUUCAAGGGUGGAACAUACACGGACCUGUCAGACUGGUGCAAAACCGUGGGUGUCCAAAUGAUUGCACAAACUACAUUUUACGCCAUCCAGAAGGUGUACUUGCACCCUGCUAUUGAGAACUUGUAUGAGGAGAGUUUAUUUGGAACAGGAGGAUGGGAAGCGGCCACACUUGGCAGGGGAUGGCCGAUGUGACUCGCCAGGUUUCAAUGCGCAAUACUGUCACUACACGUUUAUGCUAGAUGAUACAAAGGAGAUACUCCACACAGAGCUAGUGCAGUCCACAGAGGCCACCAGCUCUGGAGCCAUGGAGCCACUGGGUUUUAGACGGGGAAUGACAGAGCUUCUGGACUUGGGCCUUGACGUGGAGGUGAUGACCACGGACCGCUCCUCAUCAAUACGGAAGAUAAUGAGGGAACAAUAUCUUAAUAUCCAGCACGAAUUUGACAUCUGGCACACAGCCAAAGGUUUCUGGAAUAAAAUACUGACGAAGGGGGAAAAAAAGGACACUGCAAUCCUUCUCGCAUGGACCAGGUCUGUCGUAAACCACAUGUGGUAUAGCUGUGCCACAAGUAAGGGGGACAUAGAGGCACUGCAAAACCGUUGGAAAUCCAUUACACACCAUGUUUGCAACGAACACGAGUGGAGAGAUGAUGACGGAAAACAGCAUCGGUGUGAUCAUCCUCCUCUUACCGCCCAGGACCAGAGGAUGCGGAUGUGGAUUGACAAGGACUCAGUGGCAUUGCAGGCCCUGUCGUCACUGGUCCUAAACGAAAGGCUCUUGAAAGACCUCAACCAGAUGGCACUCUUCAAACAUACUGGGCCACUGGAGAACUUUCAUAGUGCUCUGCUGAAAUACCUUCCCAAGCGGCAAUACCAUGGAAUGAGGGAGAGGUGCCACCUCGCCAUCCUCGACCACAAUGAAAACAUUGUGAAAAGGAAGCAAGCCACCACAGUGACAGGAGAAGCACGGUUCAAACAGGUGUACUGCAAGAAGUCCAAGCAAUGGAUAUUGAAAAAAGUCUUCACACCACACACAACGCAGUUUGUCGGAGACCUAAUCGAGAGGGUCCUGGAAAGUAGACGCAACCCGAACAUCAAGUUCAAAACCCCAACC